UCUACCUCGCCUCUAGGUGGCGAUAGUGCGCCUGGCAUACGUUUAGAUGCGCGCAAAUUGGCAGGGAAGAAGAAAAAGCGGAACUUUUAUGGGUAAAGCUAAUGCACCAAGUGUCAGGACGAACUGCUCAUAGCCUUCACAGACAAAUGCAGAGCACAAGAGGCAACGCUGAUCAGGCUCGUCCUCUGUUUGGAGGAGCACUGUCAGCUGUCGUCCCACACAGCGCCACAGACAUCAGUGACUUGAGGGAGAUCCCAGACAAUCAGGAGGUGUUUGCCCAUGCACACACAGACCAGAGCCUCAUAGUGGAGCUAGUGGAGUAUCAGGGUCACGUGGCAGACCAGGACGCUGCCAGAUACCACUUUGAAGAUAUUGCGAGUAGUAACAAAGCAUUAGUGCAAGGUGCUUUUGAUGUUACCAGUGUAGUGGCCUUGCCAAAAUUUGAUCUGUGUCUGUCAGAGUGUAGCUCGGCCUGGAUGCUGACUGGCACACAGUGUGUUUCCAAGUUCAAUGAAGAGGCAACAAAUACAGUGAGCCUUCUCCUGGGUUUGUUCCGCCUGCCACAGUUCUCCACAGAUGUCCUGAUCACCUUCAAUGACCCUCAGAGCAUCAGCCCUGACAGCAGCAGUGCAGCUGCAGAGGGGGCACACACAAAUCCAUGGACGAUGCAGGACUUCGAGCACUUGUUGCAAACUCUGACUCUGCACAACCCUGGGCUGUUUGGCUAGAGUAACUAAUUGCAUUUGUUUCUUCUCUAUGACACAGGCACAUUAAGGCCUGUGAGACCAUAUUUUGCUGGUACUCCACAAGAAUCUGGCCUGCAGCAUGCUUGGGGGGGGGGUCAAAACAUGUUCUGUUUUGACCUUGAUGUUGACUUUUUCUGGCAAUUUAAAAUAAACUGAAAACCAAAUAUUGCAUAAGCA